AUGAGCUCCAUGAUCGAGGGCCGCGAUGAAUGGCCCCGGGAGGACGACCUCGACUUGGGCCAAGAGGACGACGAACAGCUGCUACCGACAAGUAAUGGCAUCCCAGGCGACCAUGUUUUGUUGCAGGAGCCCUUGGGGGAUCGCUCAAUGGCUCACAUCGAAGAGGAACUCCCGGGUCAAGCCACCCCCGACCCCGACCGGACUCUGAGAAAAGCUGCCCACCCUGCUGGGCUCGACACCGUGGACACUCCGCCAUCGCCCCAGAUCGCGAAGCUGGAAGGUUCCGGCAGCGUCGAUGAAACAGUUUCUAACCCAGACGAUACGCCGUCCUUACGUGGAUCGAUUCAAUCCUCGCCGAGUAGCAGUGCGCUGGCAUUUCGGGGCUCCCCUCGACCCAGUCCUAGUCCGUCGCAUCGUCCCUUCGACCUCCGCUUCCAGUCGAGAUUAUCUGUCUCGUCGUUUCCCGGCGGCUUCCGGCCAUCGUCUCCUUUUCUAGCCCAUAUUCACUCGCGCAAAUCAUCCCUCACGAGCCGGCUAUCUCCAGCUACCGUUGAUUCCGACAUCGAUGCCCAACAAAACCCUUGGGAGGUAGUCCGCUGGACCAAAUUGAGGAAGAUAACAGGUCAGGCGUUUUCGGAUGCUGGGAAGCGCAACUUUGGCACGCCUACUUGCAUGGUCGUCUCUACAUCUAUCGUUCUUGGGACGUCGAAAGGUAUUGUGCUGGUAUUUGAUUAUCAACAGAGCUUGAGAGCGGUUAUUGGACCGGGAACAAAAGCUGUUGAAUGCGGAGCGAUUCACUCACUGGCACUUUCUGCGGAUCACUCGACGGUUGCUGGGGGCCACGUCUCAGGCGAUAUAUUUACAUGGGAGAUUUCAAGGCCGGCGCGCCAUUUUCUUCACAUCCCACCCAUACCUGCAAACCAGAUCGAGACACGAUUAUCAGAUGGGCACAUCUCAGGGACUCCGGUCAUACAUCUAGGCUUUCUGGGGACGAGACGCACCGCACUGGUUUCGGCUGAUAAACGAGGAAUGGCCUUCUCACACUUGGCGACUCGGGGAAUGGGAGCAGUGGGACGUACAGUGAAGACAACUAGGAUACUAGGUCGCUAUCCCCAGCCAAUUUCGGAAGUGAGCCGGCCACGAAAGCCGAGCUCCGUGCUUGCUUUUUCACCUCUCCCUCUUGGGAACGUCGAAGAACCCACAGACUCUCUUGGUUUGGUUGCUAUGCUAACACCCUACCUCCUGGUUAUUGUCUCCACGACACCCGUCGCGCAAACCCAGCACAAAUCGCCACGCCCUAAAGAGGUCGCAGCCCACGGUGCGAUGACUGGCGCCUUAGCGUGGUUCCCGGCGAUUAGACUCAAGGGAAAGGACACCCAAACUUCGAAGACGAAGCUUGUAUAUUGCUGGUCCAAUGUCUUGACGGUCUUGGAGGUCUCUGAGAUGGACACAGACGAGCCUCCAAACCGAGACCGCCCGCCGGCCUUGGAAUUCCGGCCCCGGUGCAGGUGGAAAGCCGACGAGGCGAUUGUUGCUGUUCAAUGGCUGAGUCGAUCAGUACUGGCUGUUCUUACGAUUACGCAGCAAUUGCUCAUUUUGGAGGACCACACCAUGCGCGUGACCGAGGCGAUUGACCUUCUCAGCAGACGCAUAUACCACGUUGACUUGUUCUCAGGCCAGCUUCAUUCCCUGGUCGAGCAGUUCAAUGAAGAGGACACUACAAUGCAUGGCGUGGUGGCGGAUGCCUUUUACAUGAGCUUCCGCUCCUACAAGGGGCGUCUCUUCGUGCUCGGUUAUAACGAUAUGCUGAUAGGUAGCCUUUCGAACUGGGCAGAUCGACUACUUGCGCUCAUGGAAGCAGGCGAUUUCACCGGGGCCAUCCAACAAGCGACAGCUUAUUACAACGGGAACUCAGAAAAGCUCACAGUUGGUUUGCCCGAUGAGGAUUCCCUCAGGCAGCCAAUAGUGCGGGAGAAACUCCUAGAAAUGAUAUCGGCUUCACUGAAAUACGCCUUUGGCCAAAAUAUGGAAGCGAAUAAUACUCGACUCGAGAGAAGACAGCUUGAAGAGCUGGCAGAAGUAUCUAUUUCGGCCUGCGUCUGCCUGGCCGAUGAAGAUUUCCUCUGGGAUGAGCUAUUUAAUUGGUACGAAGAGCAUGAGUCCCAUGGUAUUUUCCUUGAUGCUCUGGAGCCGUUUAUUGUCGAGGGUACCGUGCGAUCUUUACCCCCCACCGCUGUUAAGGCCCUCAUUAAUCACUUUUCCGUCACCCAUACCGCUAGCCAGCUGGAAGAGAUAAUCUGUCGUCUUGACACGAGCACGAUGGACAUCGACCAGGUGACCACUAUGUGUAAAGAACAUAAUCUCUACGAUGCCUUCAUCUAUGUCUGGAAUCGCUGUCUUGGGGAUUAUGUUGGCCCUUUACAGGAGUUGUUGGCGCUCGUACCAACCCAAGAAGGCAUGGCCAAUGGUGAUGCAUUUAAUGAGCUCAAACAAUACACGAACGCAAAGAAAAUGUUUCCAUACCUUUCGUUUAUUUUUACUGGGCGUACCUACCCAACUGGAAAUGAUAUGGAGGAUACUGAGGCAUCCCAGGCCAAGGCGGCCUUGUAUAAUUAUCUUUUCUCCGGGACUUUGUCCACUGCUAAGCACGAGGUGUUUUCUCCAACGAAUGGAACUCUUUCCGCUCUCGAAGUGCUGCUCAAGUUUGAUACACCUAGCUUUAUGAGCAUGUUGAAUGAAGCGUUCGAAGAUAGCUUCUUGAAUGAGCAGGACCCCGACGAUAUCCCAGCCCAGGGAGUGUCUAUUAACCGACAGUACCUGGUUAGCAUUCUCCUCCAAACCAUGAAUGCAUCGUCGUUCGAAACAUCGGAUACCAUUUAUCUGGAUAUGUUUAUUGCCCGCAACCUCCCCAAAUACCCUCAGUAUAUUCUUCUUUCUGGGAGCACUCUUCACCAAAUUCUCAAGCGGCUGUGUCAAUAUCCCCAUGAGGAAAUGGCGGAUGAUUGUGAACUCAGUGCUGAAUAUCUUCUGUCUAUCUACCACCCGCCAGACAUUCAAACAAUGAUCCCACUCUUCCGAGAGGCGCGCUUCUUCCGGAUUCUAAAGUCGACCUACCGUUCCGAAAAGCAAUUUCCUGACUUAAUUCUUACUUAUUUGGAGGAUCCGAAUGACCGGGAGAAGAUCUAUGUCUGUUUGCAAGAUUGCCUUCGACCGGGCUCUGGCUUGGGCAAAAAGCAAAGACAGGAUAUUAUCAAGGUGGUGGAAGACCACGCUGGCGAGAUUGCAACAAUUGAUGUCAGCAAGGCGGCGCAGACUAUGCGGGAUUAUGCCCCAGAGACCCAUGGGAUAUUUAUCAAGGCUCUGAAAGAAGAUAGCUACAGCCAAUAUGAAUAUUUGGCUGUUAUCGUUGAGCCUCGGGCGCAACUUCCCGGGGAGAACAACCGGGUUUCUCAGUCAGUCGAGAAUUGGAUGGUGGAACGUUAUGUUCAACUGCUCUGCAGGUACAAUCCAUCCCGGGUAGCCGAUUUUGUGGAUAGCCUUCGGGAAGGCGAUAUCCGACUCGAGGAGUUGCUACCCUCAAUGGAGUCAAGUGGGGUGGUGGAUGCUGCGGUGGUCCUUCUUGCUCGACAGGGGCAAGUGCGAGCUGCGAUGGACCGUCUCAUCAAACACCUGCAGACGCUCGAGUCAGGACUAGUGGGGAUUUUACAAAGUAUCCGGGAGACACCGGAUUCUGCGACUACAGCCGAGGCGAUUGAUGACCUCCUUGAAUCCUUGAAUAAGUAUUCUAGAGUGGGAACGUGGCUGUGCCAGGGCCAGACCAAGACGGCUAAGAAAUCGGGCAGCAUUGAGCUAAACGGCACUGAUAAGAGUGCUUUGGAUAAGCCUCUGUCGUUUGACGAAACUCUGUGGCUCGACUUGCUUGAAGGCGUGGUUCGCAUCGCGAGUAGCGUCUUCAGCCAGAUUCAGGGAGGACAUGGAAACGGGGAAAUAGACAAAUUCACGGGCUCGGGAUCGACGGCCUCUCCCGUAGGGGCCAACGCCGCCCAACUCGUAUCGUCGUUCCGUGCCCUGGUGCAGCAGGUCUUUACUGUCUUGCUUUCCAGCACAGUUCGGACUGGUGGCACAGUGACUGGCGAACGUAACGAUGUCGCGUUUUUGCGUAUUCUCCGUGCCUUUUUGAGUAGGGCAGCCCGCUGGUCUCCAUCGCUGCUUGAACUGCGGGCUGUGCUGGCCUCUAUAUUUUCCGCCUAUACAUACGAGAAAUCCCUCCUUGCCUUAGCUAAUGGUAUGCUAGACCGCGACUUGUUCGUGCAUGUUGAUGAGGUGACACGGCUACGGCAGAAGGGUUGGCGGCCCCGAGGCCAGGUAUGCGAAAUCUGCCGGCUGCGUGUUUGGGGCCCGGGGGUCGGCCCCCAAUAUUGGGUUGCAUGGGAGACACAACAGAGUGAUUUGAAGCAGCAUCGCCUUGCCCGACAGUUGGAAGGACGGGUUGACCCUGCAUCUGCGAGGGGUAAAGGUAAAGGCGUUGCUGUCACCCCCGCGGGUCAGCAGUUGGAAGGGCACGCGGGCUCUAGUGCGAGUGAUUCUCCCACAACCAUGCACGAGGAAGACGCUGCUAGUAUGAGUCGGGGGCCAACCGUGGUGUUUUCUUGUCGACACUUGUACCAUCGCCAGUGUCUCCUGGAUGUGGAACAGCAUCCCCGGCCAUCCCGGAAACGACAAAAUCACGCUUCCGUAGACUGGGAAGCAAUGCUAACCUGUCCUAUCUGUCCUGUACAUAGCGAAUGA